AUGGCCGCAAAGCGUCCACGGGACGACGACGAUGCGAGAGCGUCGAAGAAGCACAAAAAGGCCUUCUCUGUUGGGCCUGCCAACCUCCCAGACGGAGUGCACAAGCGCAAAGUCCAAAAGAUCAAGCGAGAGAUUAUCCACAAGUCUAAGAUCAAGAAAGACUAUGCGAAGCUGAAAGCACGGGAGCAAGCUGCCGACCCGCAACGCUCUGUCUACGAAAAGUACGACAACGAUGAACAGGUCGACGUCGCAGAACCGACUGCAGAACCGACCCUUGAGCCUCACCCAGACCGUCAAGUUCUGCUCGACAAAACCUCACCAGAACCCGCGCAGCGGCCGGAGCGACCGCAAUCACGCACGCCAAGGAAACGAGCACGUCCACAACCUUUCAGUCGAGAGGCUGAUCAAGCGGAGAAGCGCAGAGCAGAGGCGGAGGCACGGACGAAAGCGCGAGAGGAGGCAGAGAAACAACGCGAACAGAAGCUGGCCGAGCGGGAGCGUUAUCGAAAGGCGAUGGACAAGGCGCGCACAGGAGGGCGUAAUGGGCAAAGGAAGCUUGGCCGCGAAAGCAAAGUACUUCUGGAGAAGGUCAAACGGCUUGUAUCGAGCUGA